AUGACGCUAAAACGGCUGCUGCUGGCCGCCUUCAUGAUGCUGCUCGCCUGGCCCUUCGCACUCCUCGCCUCGCUGGGACCCGCGGAGAGGGACCCCGGGCAGCCCCUGGCCUUGUGGCGGAAGGUCGUGGACGUCCUGCUCAAGGCCAUCAUGCGCACCAUGUGGUUCGUCGGCGGCUUCCACCGCGUGGUGGUCAAGGGCCAGCAGGCCCCGCCCACCGAGGCGGCCAUCCUCACCCUGGCUCCACACUCCUCCUACUUCGAUGCCAUCCCCGUCACCAUGACCAUGUCGUCCAUCGUGAUGAAGGCGGAGAGCAGAGACAUCCCGAUCUGGGGAACUCUGAUCAAGUACAUCCGGCCGGUCUUCGUGUCCCGGUUGGACCAGGAUUCCCGCAGAAGGACCGUGGAGGAGAUCAAGAGACGGGCUCAGUCGGGCGGCAGGUGGCCACAGAUCAUGAUUUUCCCAGAGGGGACGUGCACCAACAGGACCUGCCUGAUCACCUUCAAGCCUGGCGCCUUCAUCCCGGGUGUGCCCGUCCAGCCCGUGGUCUUGCGGUACCCAAACCAGCUGGACACCAUCACGUGGACGUGGCAAGGCCCCGGAGCGCUGGAAAUCCUGUGGCUCACGCUGUGCCAGUUUCACAAUCGAGUGGAGAUUGAGUUCCUGCCCGUGUACAGCCCUUCGGAGGAGGAGAAGGAGGACCCGGCUCUGUACGCCAGCAACGUGCGACGCGUCAUGGCAGAAGCCCUGGGCGUCCCCGUCACCGACUACACCUUCGAGGACUGCCAGCUGGCCCUGGCGGACGGGCAGCUCCGCCUCCCUGCGGACACCUGCCUUCUCGAGUUUGCCAGGCUGGUGAGGGGCCUGGGCCUGAAACCAGAAAAGCUUGAGAAGGACCUGGAUAGGUAUGCGGCGGGCGCCCAGGCUUGGCAGGGCAGGACGAUGGGCGCCUCGGAGUUCGCUGCGUUCCUGGGCGUCGAGCUGUCCGACAGGCUGCACGACAUGUUUUCCCUGUUUGACGAGAGCGGGGCCGGCGAGAUGGACCCGCGGGAGUACGUGGUCGCCUUGUCCGUCGUCUGCCGGCCGGCCCAGACCCUGGACACCAUGCAGCUGGCGUUCAAGAUGUACGGGUCUCGAGAGGACGGCAGCGUAGACGAGGACGCCCUGUCCACCAUCCUCAAGACAGCGGCAGGGGUGGCGCAGCUGCCCGCGGCGCGCCUCUUCCGGGCGGUGGACCGGGAGGACAGGGGGAGGAUCACGUUCGCCGACUUCCGCAGGUUUGCAGAAACAUUCCCCGACUUCGCCGAGGAGUACCUGUACCCCGAGCGGCCGCCCCCGGAGAGCCACACACAGCCGCCCCCCACUGCCACCCCCAACGGCUUCUGUGCAGACUUCAGUCCCGAGGCCUCGGACACGGGGGGCCAGCGAUCUCGGCAGAAACUGGACUAGGACAGGAGGUGCUGGAGAGAUGGUGCCCUGGGGUCCCCCCGCCCCCCCGCCGCCACGUGGCCGCGCCCAUCUGCUGUGACCGCCGCCGAGGUCGCCCUCCAC